AUUCACUCUGAUAUACAGGGCCAGCCAUAAGCUGUAUGGUGGAAAUAACUUAAACUGCCUUGGCUGGAGGAGGCGAGGCAAUGUGUGGGAAGGGACAGGGUGUCCUGGCAGAGCUGAGGACCAGUAGGAGGAGUCUGUGCCUGAGCGGAUGAGAUUGAGGGCUGCGCCUGGGUCCAGCUAACUCCUGUGCACACAGGGGCUGGGAAGAGCAAAGGCAGGGGUGGCUGCCGUGAGCACCAUGCCAGGCCUGCUGCAGAGGGGGGCUCUGCCCUGGGCGCUGCUGCUGCUUCUCUUAGACUUUCAGCUCCUGCUGACCCAUGCCUGGCAUUUCCAUGAGCAAAGGGACUGUGACGAAUCCAAUGUCAUGGCUCGUUACCUCCCUGCCACAGUGGAAUUUGCCAUACACACCUUCAACCAACAGAGCAAGGACCACUAUGCCUACAGACUGGUGCACAUCUUGAAUUCCUGGAAGGAGCAGGUGGAGUCCAAGACCAUAUUCUCAAUGGAGCUCCUGCUGGGGAGAACUAGGUGUGGGAAAUUUGAAGAGGACAUUGACAACUGCCCUUUCCAAGAAAGCCCAGAGCUGAACGAUACUUUCACCUACUUCUUCACCAUCAGCACCAGGCCCUGGAGGACACACUUCGGCCUCCUGAACAAGACCUGCCUGGAAGGAUUUCACUGAGGGAAAGCCACUCCCAGGCCUGGGUGUGUACUGCUCCCACAUUCUGUGGUCAUCAGCACUUCUCUCCUGACGACUCUCCAGUGACGGACCAGCUCUGUACUUCUCCUCGUAACCUAUACCUGGUGUUUCCAAGAGAAAGAGGAGUGGAAUGACCAAAAACUAAUUGCUGUUUAUCUCCCUUUCACCCUGGAAUUUGCCGUGUACACAUUCAACCAGCAGAGCAAGGACUGGUAUGCCUACAAGCUGGUGCGUGUCCUGGAUUCCUGGAAGGAGCAGGGUUAUGAUAAGAUGACUUUCUCCAUGAAUCUGCAACUGGGCCGAACCACAUGUGGGAAAUUUGAAGACGACAUUGACAACUGUCCUUUUCAACAAGGCCCAGAGCUGAACAAUACCCACACCUGCUUCUUCACCAUCAGCAUAGAACCCUGGAGGACACAUUUUGAACUCUGGAACAAGACAUGCUCAGCCGGGCGUUCCUGAGUGGGACCCAGCCACGCGCCUGGCCACGUGCUGUCGGCUCCUUUCCAGCACACCCGCAGAUCCUCAACACGGCCCUGCAGUGCCUGAGCAGCUCUGUGCUCACGUGUUCUUAUUUUCCAUGUGUUAGAUGCUCAUGCUCAGGUAUUUUAGAAAUUCUUCAUUGUCUAAGUUGAUCAUGUAGUAUACGUCUUAGCAAUUAGCAUUUUAA